UCCGCGCCCAUUUCCGCCGGCGCGGAGCCCGGCCCCUCGGCCGCACUGGGCGCUGCGCACCGCCAACCUCCGCCGCCAACACCGCCGCCACCGCCACCAGAAUGCCGGGAGAGGCGGCCGUGCUGGCGCUGGGCAUGCUGGUGGCUGUGUGCCAUGCCCUGGAGAACACAACGUCAGCGCUGAGCGAUCCCCCAGUGGCAGCAGCCGUGCGGUCGCACUUCAAUGAGUGCCCCGACUCCCACCGGCAGUUCUGCUUCCAUGGGACGUGCCGCUUCCUGGUGCAGGAGGACAAGCCGGCGUGUGUGUGCCACUCGGGCUACGUGGGGACGCGCUGUGAGCACGCAGACCUGCUGGCCGUGGUGGCUGCCAACCAGAAGAAGCAGACGAUCACCGCGCUGCUGGUGGUGGCCGUGGUGGCCUCAGCGGUGCUCAUCGCAGCCUGCGUGCUCAUCCACUGCUGCCGGCUGCGGAAGCGCUGCGGGUGCUGCCGGGUGCCGCUCUGCGGGCAGGAGAAACCGGCGGGGCUGCUGAAGGGUGGAGCGUCCUGCUGCCAUACUGAGAGUGUUGUCUGACGGAGCCAACACAUCCCAGUGGGACACAGACAUCGCUUCUUCCCUUUGGCUUCUCCCUUUUUUUCCCCUUUGGUUUCCCCAUUUUUCCCCUUUGGUUUCCCCAUUUUUCCCCUUCAUUUUUGUCCUCCUUCCCUUUCCAGGGAACACCAGCGUGGGAAGCACAGCAAGGCUGCAGUGCUCCCAGUGCUCCCAGCCUGUCUGACAAUCCACCUCCCAUCACCACAGCCCAGAGUGCUGGAAAUGGGGGAAAACACCCCAAAAUCCCCCCUGCUGCCAGCCCCUGGGAAGCAUCGCUGGUGGUGGUUGGGCUUUUUUUUUUUUCCCUCAAAUACUUUUUUUUUUUUUUUUUG